AGUUAAAGAAGUGUCUAGAAUGAAUGAGUAAAAUGAACUAGAAACGCCAUGGUUGGUGAGAACUGAGAAGGAAGCAAGAAAGCAAGAAUGGAGAGAGAAGUAGUGGAGUCAGAGUUAGUAUUGCCGACUCACUUGAAUUUCAAGAAACUUCAAAUGUAUGAGAAAUACCCAAAGGGUCAACCCAGAAGCAGACACUGGAAACAUCUCAAGCAGAUUCUUCAAGCUGAUAAUUUCCAGAAUUACCCUCCUGAUGAACCCAAUUAUGUGAAUAUUGAGGCACCACCUUCAAUGCAUCCACCCAAGAGAGUUUGUGAUAUUACAGGAUAUGAGGCACCCUAUCAUGAUCCGAGGACCAACUUGCGUUAUGCCAAUGCUGAAGUCUAUAAGCUGAUCAGGUCACUUCCUAAUGAAUAUGUGCAACGGUAUCUGUCUCUUAGAAAUGCUGCAGUUGUUCUCAAGUAGAGUAUUGCUUCCCUUUUAACAGCCGUUUGUUCAGUUGAUGAAGAAGAUACAGUUUCACCGAAGAAACUUUCCCUUUUUUCAUCACCAAGUCUCGCAGUUUGCAGUCUGAGGGCCGUGUAUAUACUACUGCAUCACUGCAAGUAUUCGUUGGUUGGGGCGUAGAAUGUACAGUUUGUGGAAUUAUGGGUUGCUAUGAUAUUGUAGUUUUAGAGGUUGAAAUCAUCUUUUGUGAAACAAAUACUCUUUUCUUAUGACUUUCCCCCUUUAUUUUCCCCUUCAUCGUAAUUCAACUUACCUUUGCUAUUUCA